CGGAGGCGCCGGGCCCCACCCCUGCGCCCCGGUCCCUGGGCGGCUGCGCUGUGCCGCGCCGGGAACAAACGCGGGCACCGAGACCCCCGGGCCGGCAGCGCCUUCUCCGCUCCCCUUCCCGACCUGCUCCCCGCCUCUCCGGCCGUGGUUGCCGGGGUCCCGGGGUCCCCAGGGCUCAGCGCGCGUGUCCCCCUCCCCAGCGCAGCUCUGCGCCCCUCCAGCCUCGGCCCGCAGCGCCCGCGGCACCAUGAUCUCCGCCAAGGAGAAGAAUAAAACCCCGAAGGACAGCAUGACGCUUCUGCCCUGCUUCUACUUCGUGGAGCUGCCCAUCGUGGCAUCCUCCAUCGUGUCCCUGUACUUCCUGGAGCUGACUGACCUCUUCAAGCCGGCUAAGGUGGGCUUCCAGUGCUACGACCGCACGCUGUCCAUGCCCUAUGUGGAGACCAGCGAGGAGCUCAUUCCCCUGCUCAUGCUGCUCAGCCUGGCCUUCGCGGCCCCUGCCGCUUCGAUCAUGGUGGGCGAGGGCUUGCUCUACUGCCUGCAGUCGCGGCUCUGGAGCCGCAGCGGGGGCCCGGGCGGGGCCGAGGGCAGCAUCAAUGCGGGCGGCUGCAACUUCAACUCCUUCCUGCGGCGCACAGUGCGCUUCGUGGGCGUCCACGUAUUUGGGCUCUGCGCCACUGCCCUGGUGACCGACGUCAUCCAGCUGGCCACCGGCUACCACACGCCCUUCUUCCUUACCGUGUGCAAGCCCAACUACACAAUGCUGGGGACCUCGUGUGAGGCGAACCCCUAUAUCACGCAAGACAUCUGCUCCGGCCACGAUGCCCACGCCAUCCUAUCUGCACGGAAGACCUUCCCGUCACAGCACGCCACGCUCUCCGCCUUCGCCGCAGUCUACGUAUCGAUGUACUUCAACUCAGUCAUCUCCGACACCACCAAGCUGCUCAAACCCAUCCUGGUGUUCGCCUUCGCCAUCGCCGCGGGCGUGUGCGGCCUCACUCAGAUCACGCAGUACCGCAGCCACCCCGUGGACGUCUACGCCGGAUUCCUCAUCGGGGCUGGCAUUGCUGCCUACCUGGCCUGCCAUGCAGUGGGCAACUUCCAGGCUCCGCCCGCGGAGAAGUCCGCGGCUCCGGUGCCCACCAAGGACCCGCUGAGGGCGCUCACGCAGCGCGGCCACGACUCUGUGUACCAGCAGAACAAGUCGGUGAGCACCGACGAGCUGGGCCCGCCCGGGCGGCUGGAGGGGGUGCCCAGACCCGUGGCGCGCGAGAAGACGUCACUGGGCAGCCUGAAGCGCGCCAGCGUGGAUGUGGACCUGCUGGCCCCCCGCAGUCCCAUGGGCAAGGAAAACAUGGUGACCUUCAGCAACACGCUGCCGCGCGUCAGCACACCAUCCCUGGACGACCCCGCGCGCCGCCACAUGACCAUCCACGUGCCGCUGGACGCCUCGCGCUCCAAGCAGCUCAUCAGCCAGUGGAAGCGGACGGCGCAGGAGGGGCGUGCGCUGGGGCUCGCGGACGAGGCCAGCCCGGUGCACCUGCGUGCGCCCGCCGAGCCCAUGGCCGAGGAGGAGGAAGAGGAGGACGACGACGAGGAGGAGGAAGACGAGGACGAGGAGGAGGAGGAGGUGGAGGAGGACGGCGGCCCCGCGCCGCCCACGCUGUACCCCACCGUGCAGGCACGGCCCGGGCUGGGCCCGCGCGUGCUGCUCCCGGCGCGCCCGGGCCCGCAGCCCCUGGUACACAUCCCGGAGGAGGCCGCACCGGUGGCGGGGGCGGGCCCGUCCCCCAAGGGCGGUGCCGCCGCCGUACGCGCCAAGUGGCUGGCGGUGGCGGCGGCAGAGAAGGGCGCAGGCGCGGCCCCACCCCCCGCCCCGACGCCGCCCCGCGCGCCCAACCCUCCGCGCCUGCUGCAGGUGAUCGCCAUGUCCAAGGCGCCAGGCGCCAAGGCAGCGGCCGAGACCGCGUCCUCGUCCAGUGCCAGCUCGGACUCCUCACAGUAUCGCUCUCCGUCGGAGCGCGACUCGGCCAGCGUGGUCACGGUGGACGCGCACGGCCCGCAUCACCCCGUGGUGCACCUGUCGGCGGCCGGGGCGCCCUGGGAGUGGCGUGCGGCCCGCGGCCCCGAGGGCGACGGUGGCUAUGAGCUGGGCGACCUGGCACGCGCCUUCCGCGUCGGGACCCGGGCUCCGGGCACGUCCCCCGGUUCGUCCAUCAGCGACGCGGAGCAGGAGGAGCCGCGCUUCGCGGCCGUGGCCACUGUGAAUCUGGCCACGGGUGAGGGGCUGCCUCCGCCGGGCGCAGCAGACGGAGCCCUAGGUGUUGGGGGCAGCCGCGAGGCCACGCUGCGAGCCCCGGUGGGGGGCGGCCCGGGCCCCGGAGAGCGCGAGACGGCCGAGGCCGAGAGCUACUACCGCAGGAUGCAGGCACGCCGCUUCCCAGACUGAGCGUGCCGGUAAUAAAUGCUGCUUCCUGGAA